AUGGGCGCCCCCGUUGCCGAGUACACCUACCUCUCCGACGCUGACCUCGUCGAAGAGGUUGAGCAGCUGCGCCUGGCCAACGCCGGGCUCAAGGCCCUGCUCAAGGCCCAGAGCCGGGGCACGGCCAAGAAGACGGAGCAGAUGAGGCGCGAGCGCCAGCGCACCCGCCUCUACGUGCGCGAGGCCCAAGCCGCCCACCGCGCCAUGGUGACCGAGAUGCGCCGGCUGCGCCGCAAGGUGAGCCACUUCGCGGUGCGCGCCCACGCCGUCGAGGAGAGGGCCUCGGGCGCCGAGAGCCUCCACCUCGACGCCGUCGAGCGGGCCGAGGCGGCCGAGGAGGAGGCGCGCGACGAGGCGCUGGCGGCGCUCGAGGCGCUCAGCAGGGCGCGCGCCAGCGCCGAGAGCGCCGAGCGCCUCAACGAGUACUACGAGGCCUCGGCCGCCGCCGCCCGCCGCCGCGCCGCCUGGGCCGAGGUGGCGGUCGACAAGACGAAGCAGCUCGCGGCGCUGCGGCUGUCGCGCGCCGAGAGGGCCGAGGCCGAGGCGGGGCAGCUCCGUGCACGCGCCGAGCUGGCCUUCGCGGCGCUUGGGGACUCGCGGCGCGCCGAGCAGCAGUCCCGGCUGCGGGCUGCGAUGGCCGAGAACGAGCUGGUGGCGGCGCGGCGCGGCGAGGCAGAGGCCCGCACCCUGGCCGCCAACACAUUCGAUACCCAACGCCGCGCUCUGGCCGCCAACAAGUUCAAUACCCAACGGGCGUGGGAGGCCGGCUACGAUGCGGCCCUGUGGUGGGCUGAGAACUGCGACGACCCCGCCGAGACGGCGCAGGCCAGCCAGGAGGUGGGGCCGGCUGCUGGGUCGCCAGCACCUGCUGGAGGCCGCGAGGCCCCGACGGCGACGGCCCAGAGUCGCAGGGCCCGCGGUGAGGGCGGCGGCGACUCCAGCGGCUCGUCUGGCACGGUCAUCCACUACGAGAUGGACGACGACUGGGUCCAUGACUUCGAGCUGGGCCAGUAG